AUGCAGCUUACUACAUUUGCCCCACUGGCUCGCAACAUCGGGAAGGACAACGAAAAGCGGCGGUUCCAAAGAGUCAUGGACCACAUCGACUUUGUUCGAGAGUACAACAGCGAUUUCACCAACCUGUACGUAUAUACAGAUGCUGCACUACGAGGAGACGGACAAGGAGCCAUUGGAUGGUUCAUGUUAAACUCCCAGAUGAUAUGCAGUCAAGUACUUAAGGGUGAAUGUAGCCUCAAGGAAGCCGAGCUACAAGCUAUACUGGCAGGAGCCAAACAAGCGGCCACACACUGCAACAAGACAGAAGCCCUCUACAAACACGUAUGGGUAUUCACUGAUAGCAGGGAGGCACACGCAGAAUGCGACAAGGUUGACACCUAUAGCAACACCGUCCGACAGCUGCGAGAAUUAGGCCAGCAAUUUGCAGAUGAAGGACGCGUCCUUCGAAUUGGAUGGGUGCCGGGGCACUCCGGCAUAUAUGGCAACGAAGAGGCCGACAAUGCUGCCAGAACGGCGCUUGAAGCUGCGCCUGCGAGACCAGACCAGGAGCAACAGGAGCAAAGUCAAGAAGGCGAAAAUGAUGUCCUCCCCCUUGACCCCGACGAGUUCCUGUCCCUGGAAAGGACGAGGAGGCGCAAGACAGUGAAAGAUCUGGUCCCUCAAGAUCCGAACGGCGAUUUACCUGCCGAAUACAGCCGGAGCGACCGCGUUAUUCUGCGCCGGAUCCGCACCAACACGGCAAUAACGCCUGCCCUGCAGGCUAAGCUGGACAGAGCCAGCAGGGACCUCUCCAAACUCAGCUACUUCCACAAUCCCGGAAAAGAGCCGCUUCUGACGUGGACAGCGGGGGAUGUGAUUGACAAAGCGGCGGAUGUUUUCGGGGACACCACAGGCAUCGUGUACCCGCAUCAGAACAUCAGCAAGACGUACACAGAAUACAAAAAAGACGUAGAUCAACUAGCUGCAAGCCUGGUGUCGCUCAAACUUCCGGUGGGCUCCAGGGUCGCCAUACUCGCUCCGAGACUUUACGAAGGGGCACAGCUCCUUUAUGCGGCCUCCAAGGCGGGACUUGUUAUGGUUGGCAUCCACACAUUCUGCACGCUUUCUGAACUUGAAUUUUGCUUGAAUAAGACAGAGUGUGCGGUUCUGUUCCUUGGGGAAAAAUUUCUUAAUAACAAGUACUACGAGAUGUUGUUACAAAUUGCACCGGAACUGGAGAAGUCAUCGCCCAGAGAGCUGAACAUCCAAAGGCUGCCGUUCCUGAAACACGUCAUCACCAUCGGCAACGACCGGAUGCCCGGCAGCAUCACUUUCAAUGACCUGAUGAAUUCUGCAACGGCUGAAGACCACGCCAUCAUGAACUCUUUUUCUGCCAAAGUGCAGUUCGACCAAGACGCUUUUAUCCAGUUUUCCUCAGGUACAACGGGGCAGCCGAAACCGGCACGACUGACUCACUUCAACGUUGUCAACAACGCCAACACUCUGGGCCGUUUUAUUGGAUACCAUCAAAAGCGUGAAAUCAUGUGCUUGAACGCAGAUCUGAUCUACGGAUUUGGCAGAACAUUGGGCGUGUUGGCUGCCACGAUGUUCGGUUCGACCGUAGUUAUGCCUGGAGCUAGAUUCUCACCGAAAGCGACCCUGGGAACCAUCACCAACUACAGAUGCACGAUCGCCACUGGUUCAACCAGCAUAUUCUCCGAUAUAAUGCGUAAGCUUGAAGAAGGAUCAUACGACGUUUCUUCCGUUAGAAAAGCAAUCAUGUCCGGGUCAUUAUGUAAUCCUGUCAUUGUGGAAAAAAUAAGAACAAGACUGAACGCUCAAGCUGUAUACAUCAUGUACGGUGCCACCGAGACCAGUCCGAUCUUCAGCAGCACGAACCCAGAUGAGCCAACAGAUCGCUGGAUUCGGACAAUCGGGACACCCCUGGACCACGUUGAGGUGAAGGUUGUGGAUGCCGAAGGCAGGAUUGUCCCCUUGAACACGAGGGGAGAGCUGUGCACCCGAGGUCUCCACGUCUUCAAGGGCUAUCUCAACGAUGAGGCCAAGACAAAUGAAGCCAUCCGAGACAACUGGUACCACACGGGGGACGAGGGAACAAUGGACGAGGACGGUAGACUUAGAUUUGUGGGCCGCAUCAAAGAGAUGAUCAACUUCAUGGGUCUAAAAGUGCCGCCACUGGAGAUCGAGAACAUCCUGAACUCGCACCCCGCCGUGGAAGAGGCGCAGGUGUUUGGAGUACCGGACGAAGAGGUGGUUGAAAAGAUAUGUGUUUGGAUCAAAGCAAAACCAGAUAAAACCUUAACCUCAGAAGACAUCAAAUCCUUUUGCAAGGACAAGAAGCUGCCGUGGUACAAGGUACCGGAAUAUGUGCUGUUCGUGGACUCUUUCCCGAGGACUCAGACCGGCAAAGUUCAGAAGCAUAAGAUGCGCGAAGACAGCAAACGUCUCCUGAAUUUGUGAAGAAAAACCAUCGCGGGACAAAGAAAUAUACAAUAUA